AUGGCAGCCAAGGUCAAGAAUCUUAUGAGCGCAGCGCACACUGCGGGCAUCUUUGCCGACAUUGCGGUGGACGGCCCAGAGAUUGGAACCCUGGUCGCUAUCGUCGAUCGGGCCAAGAACUUACCGAAUCGCAAGACGAUCGGGAAGCAGGACCCUUACUGCGCAGCCAGAUUAGGAAAGGAAGCCAGAAAGACAACGACAGAUGUCAGAGGUGGACAGACACCAAAAUGGGAUCAAGAACUUCGUUUCACAGUCCAUGACUGCCCGGAUUACUACCAACUCAAGCUAUCCAUCUUCACAGACGAUAAGCGGACAGACCUGAUUGGAGAGUCCUGGAUAGACCUCAGAGGAAUCAUUGUGCCUGGGGGCGGCCAAAAUGACUUUUGGCAAACAUUAACUUGCAAAGGCAAAUAUGCUGGAGAGAUUCGAGUUGAAAUCACUUUCUACGAUACUCGACCAAAGCCAGACAAGCCUGCACCGAAACAAAAGCAGAUUGCAUCCAGCGAACCCGACCAGGGAUCUGUCAAGCAAAGAACGCCCGUUAAAAGGCGUCCUUUGCCUUCCGAUCCUGUUACUGGUGAGGCUCCGGCUGUAACUCCUCCAGCCCCUGUUCCAGCUCCAACAACAGCACCUCAGCCAGCUCCCUUAGCGGCGCCUACAGCAACACCUACUGGUCCUGAUCAUCGUACGCCUCUACGAACUCACGGAAAACAAGCCUCACACUCAGGAAGCUUUGUUCCAACACAGUCCCCCUUGCAAGCUGUCGAGUACAACACACCGCCGUCACACUCAUCGCGCCGUCACACGGAGCAAUAUCCCCCAUCUCCACACGGGUCUGUUCCACAGGAGUAUAUGACACCAAAUCGAGAGGCACCCCGCCAGUCGCGGAGGUCGAUGGUUCCGUAUGAGGGAGCUCACCAGCAGUACGAUGAGCGGGAGUAUAGCCCAAGAUACACACCACAACAAGAGCUGAUGGACCCCCGAGUUCAAUACUCUCCUCAACCAGAUCAGAUGGAUUCUCGAGGCCAUUACUCUCCCCAACAGGACCCUUAUCAGCAGCCUCCGCCAUUAUCUGAUGAUCCCAGGCAGUACUCGCCAGUAGAGAAUGAACGUCCUCCACCACCACCCGCCCACAGGAGCAGACACAACAGCACGGGCCAGGAACUUGUGCCGAGAGGAAGCUUCGAUACGUCACCAAACAAGAUGCCACAGAUGAGACAUGACGUUUUGAGACAUGAAGCUCAGAGACAAUCAAUGGUGGCUUAUCCUGGACGCCCGGCAUUUCGGGCAUAUGAUUCAGCCCCUGCCACCAAUCAAACCACCCCGCCAAACACAAAUAGCUAUGAUGGCCUGCCGAGACAUAGCUCUUAUGACGCCAGUUAUGAUCCCCAUUACAGAUCUAUGCAGCCCACAGUUGAGGAUGUUCCUGAAGCCUCGGGCCCACCUGGUCAGAACUUUACCCAAAAUGGCUCACAGUUCCAGCGUUCCGAUGAGCUUUGCUUCGAUGACAACCCCAGCCCUGCACCUCUCGUCCUGCGGCGAUCUCCUGCUCCGGCCCCGGCUCCAUUCCGGGACGAUUACUCGCCAUCGCACGUCCCCCAAGAUUACCACAACCCUGAGGACUGGCAGGUGACAGUGUCACCAUCUCAUGGUCGAGGCUAUUCAAGAAGCGCCGGAGAUAAUUCCUAUUACCCCCAGAAUGGCCACGGUCAUUACCAAGGCCACUCGACUGACAUGACUGUCGCGCAUAGGCAAAACCCACAUAACUAUGCCCCGCCACCUCUCCCAGCAGCUCUCGUGCCGGGUUUGGAUGCAAACCAGUCUCAGGAAUUGACGGAUCUCAUAUACGAGGACCGCCGACACGACCGAAGGCAGCAUUCUCAGAGCAUGUCUAGCAUGCACACGCCUCCUCGAGGACGCCCGAGGAACGAGUCGUUCCAAGAAUAUAACCAACCGCCACCCGAACAUGCUUAUGCUGUUCAGCCGUACAACCGGCGGGCAAUCACUUACAACCCGCCGGAGCAACAAAUCGUAAAACCUCGAGCCAUAUCACCCGACCCACGCACAAGCCCCAACACUCAACACAGGAUCAAGCGUAAAUCGGUCAGCCCUGCGCCACCACUCGAAGAUCAGAGGAGAAAGUCAGAUAUUCCUUUUGGACCAGACUCGUAUGAUGCAUUGAACCCCAGUCUUGUUUCGUCCAAAGACGGAACAAGCCCAUCACCGGAUUUCCUGGACGAGGAGCCAAAGAAAAUCAUCACAUACGACGGACGUGAGAUUGAUCCUUCUGACCAUCUUCCUAUGGAGACAUGGGCCCCUGAACCGGAGAAGAAGCAACCGGAGUCUACCCCCACCGAAACACGCUCGCGACCUCCGUUAUCAGGGGCGCAACCAAUGCCUCCAAGCACUCGAAGGGCACCUCGUAGUGGGCGUCAUUCGAUGUCCGCCGUCAAUCCAUCUUAUUCAUUCUCCGACGAACCACGCACACCCCCACAGGCCGGUCGCACCCGUCUUCAGAAGCGCACUAACCGCACUUCGGCUGGCAACUCCCCAGCAGCCUCUAGCCCCCUGGCUCUAAUUUCUAAGGAUAAUCACCAGGAGAGGGCUCCAUACGGAAAUGCUUCGCUUCGCGGCCUACCCCGUGCAGGAACAUGGGACUUUGAAGACGAGAAUCGGGGUGCAUAUGGUGGUCCUCCCAUUCCAGCAAAGAUCCCUCUGCCCAUGAUGAGCGGUGCCAACGGCACAGGGCAGGAGUUAGCAUUAGUGCAGGAAAUGCAGCGAAUUGAUAUAGGGACAGGCUCUGGAAAAAAAUCAUGGCGACCUUCAAGGCAGUUGAAUUCUAAACACCACCACUGUGAAAGCCCGCCAUCGCGAUACUCGACAAUGGCUGCUCAGGUGGGACCUCUGCCACAGCUUAGGCUGCCUUCGGGCCCUACGCCAAUCACUGCGGAACAGCGAUACUGGAAGACCUUUAAGAACCAGCUUCUGAUUCCGUCACCAACAUCGUAUCCCGUCGUUCACAUCUCGGCCAAUAACGAUUCUUUCGCAGUCACCACAGGCACACGCAUUCAGAUCUACUCGAAUCGAACGCGCAAGCUUCAGAAGACUAUUACACGCUUCGGAGACGUUGCACGUAGCGGUGAGAUCAGGAAAGAUGGAAGGGUACUGGCGGCUGGUGAUGAUACGGGAAAGAUUCAGGUCUUCGAUGUCAAUUCUAGGGCGAUCCUCAAGACAUGGACGCAGCAUAAGCAGCCAGUCUGGACAACCAAGUUCUCACCGACUGAGCUGACGACCUUGUUGAGCGCAAGCGACGAUAAAACUGUGCGACUUUGGGAUCUCCCAAGCAACGACCCGACGACUACAUUUGUUGGUCACUCAGACUAUGUUCGAUGCGCCAAUUUCAUGCCUGGCACUAUGUCCAACAUGAUUGUCUCUGGAAGCUAUGACUCGACCGUCAAGCUUUGGGACCCCCGAGCAGGAAGCAACAGCGCGGUCAUGACUUUCAAGCACGCUGCGCCUAUUGAAGACGUGCUGUCUAUGCCCACCGGAACCGCAGUUCUUGCAGCUGCGGGUGAAUCGAUCAGUGUUCUCGACCUUGUUGCCGCGCGCCCUCUGCACAUGAUUACCAACCACCAGAAGACAGUCACUUCUCUCAGCCUCGCGUCCAAUGGUCGACGACUUGUCAGUGGUGGCCUUGAGGGUCAUGUUAAAGUCUUCGAAACGACUGGAUGGAACGUUGUCUCGAGCACCAAGUAUCAAUCUCCUGUCCUCUCUGUCAAGGUUAUCACGUCUAGUGAUGAUGCCGAUUCUAGCGACCGACAUCUAGCAGUCGGUAUGCAGUCUGGUGUUCUUAGUGUGCGAACCCGCCUCACUGGAGCUGAGGCCAACAGAGAAGCCGAACGGGAGAAGGAAAUGGCUGCUCUGGUUGCUGGAACCAUUGAAGCCCAUGACGCCAAACGUAAGAAGCGGAAGAGGAGAGUUACUGCUGCAAAGAAGUUGGAUAUGGUCGGCGAGGGGGCCGAUGUUGUUAUCGCAAACGAGUCUCGCGCCUACAAGAAAAAAGAGCGCCCGUGGCAGAGUGACCUACGACAUGCUCGGUAUGCGCGUGCACUCGAUCAAGUCCUCGACAAAGACUCACCUGAGCAUUCCCCCCUCAACGUGCUUACCCUACUCCUGGCCCUCCGCCAUCGCAGCGCUCUGCAGGAUGCCUUGGAGUCUCGAGACGAGCACACAGUUCAGCCCAUCUUGAAAUGGGUUUGCAGCCAUAUCUGCGACCCCCGAUAUAUUAGUGUCUGCGUAGAAGUUGGUCUCCACCUUCUCGAGCUCUACGCAGAGUUUGUUGGUGGUUCAGCAGAGCUGCAUGAAGGCUUUAGGACUUUACACCGCCGAGUUAGGGUCGAGGUGGAGAGAGCCCAGGUAGCAUGCCAAACCGGGGGAUAUUGCGACAUCGUUGUCUUCUCCUCUUCGGAGCCAAACGACGAUGACCAGGACGUCUAUGGUAUCAAGGCCGACGGUACCAACACUGCUCACUGGGUUGCUCAUUAUCUGAAUCCUCAUGUUGCUGAAAUGGUGCCUGAUGACGGAGCGCCUGUUACCUUUUCCCUACACGCUGAAUAUCGCGAAUGUGUCCCUCCAAAGCAUGCCCUUUCUGCCAAGCAGGUUGGCCAUAUCACUCGCAACAUCACCAACGCCCUUCUGCCUCGCUGA